AUAAUAUAUUGCUAGAUAAUUAAAAUACAGUCAAAGUAGUACUCAAAGCAUAUUAUCAACGACGAUUAUCGUACUAUUAAUUUUGUAGGUUAGGAAGUGGUGGUUGGUAUGUUUGUAUGUAGUGUGCACCUCCUUACUACCUUCACAAAUAAUCACACGUGGUGGUGGUAUCCUAAUGUCAAUGAUUUGAGGUUACAUUUCUGUUUUGCGAGAGUUGGUGGAAUACUUAACGUGUUAAAAGUGUAGUUAAACAUGGAUAUAGUUAACGAAAUUUUAGAACGAGAACAAAAGAAAGCGGAAAAAUACAAGCCUAUAACUGUUGAAAAACAUUUAGAAUUAGAAUUCGACAUUGGGAGUCUUCUUGCAUCGGACACAAAUGAUUUGGAAUCAAAACUGUUAAAGUCAGACAAAGAAAGAGACACGUAUUUACAGUCACUCUCAAGGGAUAAUACCCAACUAUUGUUGAACAAAAUAUGGGAACUGCCUACAGAGCGGAUAGAAGAAGCGAUAGUUGUGCGACUGCCGCAUCCUACGACUGUACUACCACGCGCCAAGCCAGUGCCUAAGCCCAAACCCCUCACCAAAUGGCAAGAAUUUGCUAAAGCGAAGGGCAUUACUAAAAAGAAGAAAGAUAAACUCAAAUGGGAUGAGGAAUUACAGAAAUGGGUGCCAUUGUUUGGUUUUAAGAAAGCUGCAGCAGAGAAGGAGAAGAAUUGGCUGAUAGAGGUACCACAGAAUGUGGACCCUAUGACCGACAUGUAUGAGAAGAAAGCCUCGGAGAAGUCUGAAAAAGUGGCCAAAAAUGAGUUGCAGCGAUUGAAAAAUAUUGCCCGAGCCCGUAAGGUUAAGAUACCCAGAGUUGGGUUACCAGUCACAUCUGACAAAGCCUCAGCAACACAGCUAGCAACAGCUGCAACUAUAGCUAAGGCAUCAACUGCCUCGCUUGGUAAAUUCCAAGAUAAGCUACCCAAGGAGAAAGAGGCACGUGGGAAAGGAAUUCAUGAGCUCAUCCCGGGCAAGGAACGCAAGCGUAAAGCACCCAUACCCACACCAAAGGCAGAAAGGGAAGCCAAUUUGAGCCUCCUAGACAAUAUCCUCAAUAAAAGACCCAAAAUAGAUAUGGAAAAAGCUGUUACUAAGCGCAUAAAUGAUGAACAAGUGCAGAGAUCAGAAGAAAAGAAAGCCACAAAUCCUAAAACCGGUAAGCGGAAGGGCAAAGGGGGCAAUGCUACAAAAUUCUCCGCGAAAAAACCUAAGGCAGGUAAAGGCCAAAGGAAUCCUGGCAAAAAGACUGGUGGUAGAAAACGGAGAUAAAUUUUACAUAGCUUUAAGUUGUAAUUAUGUUUAUGUUGCAUUAUAUUAUGUCAAAAAAUAUUGUGUUAUUAUUGUGCAAUGUAAAAAACAGUAAGAAUGUGGCCUUUUUAUACUCCCACAUAAUGAACCUUUUAGUAACAGCUUAUCAAGUAUUGACCAAAUUGGAACAUUGUUGUAAUAAAUAAGGGACUUUCCAGGCUACGUUCCUGAAAAAUAAUAAAGUUUACUUCCGUUUAAACUUCUGUCACGUUAAAUCUCGACAGCGCCAUCUGUAUUAUUUUUGGAGGAUGUAGCCUGGGAAAUUCCUCAUUGGAUAAAAAUAAAAAAGAAACAAGGGUACAAAAUUAUAGUAAAACGAAGAAUAAAAUUCUAUUUGUUUAUUAUUGAACAGAAAGUUUAGUAUAGUAUUUGUAAAUGAUAAAUGGCAUAAAAAUAUAAUAAAUAAGAAAAAUAAAAUAUAACAACGAUUUUUAAGGCUAUUUGGCGAUACUAUCAAAUAGUGUUAAUACUACUUUCAACAGAACAGUAAAUGAAGAAAUUUCCAGGCCACAUUCUCUAAUAAAACAUGGAUGGUGCUGUCUAACACUUCGUUUAACUUCCUAAUUUUAAGGAUUUUGGGAAAAAGCAUCUUUUAUUUAUAUUUCUUUUUGGGUAUAAAAUGGUGACCUUUGUUAAUUUAACACUUAGGCACAACACAUCUUCCAACCAUAUUUAUAACAUUACAAAAACCGGAUCAAGAAACUUUUUUUUCUAUAUGCCUCUGCCAUUCCAUUAUAGAAAAUAGGUAAUUAUCACGGUAAGAGUUGGACAGCGCCACCUGUAUUUUUUUUUUAUUUUUUUUUGGAACAGCCUGGAAAUUCCUUAAUGUUGAAAAUUCUUGCCUUGUGUUCGAUCAUCUUGUGUCAAUCCUUUGCCGAUCGUAAUGUUAUAUUAUACAAUACCCAAUAAUGAUAUAAUUUCCUAACCUAUACAAUUACAAAGUCGUCUCUAAAAGGAGAAGGUCGAUAAUACUGUAUACUGUGAGACAUAACAAUGGCUAAUGAACACACUACCACACUACACUAUAAAGCUAUAUUUGGAAGCAUCUACAUUAUACAUUUUGUUUGAUACGAUGGACUGAUUCUUGCCAGUGGCGCGAGUGGUUUGAGCAGUAUUUCAUAAAUCUCAAAUAAAAAGUUAUUUGGCUGAAUAAAUAGAGAUUCCCAAAUUCAGGCCCUGCUGACCAAUUAGUAGCAUUUACAACACCUUUAACCACAGGCAAAAAUACACUACAACAUGACGAAUUUAUUUUAACCCUAGUAUGCUUACUCGGACAAUAAUAGUAGUCUACACCACUAUCAAUUCAAAUUAUAAUAUGAUUUCCAUGCUAGGUCAUCUGUGUUUCUACGCAAAUCUACCUACUUACAUUUAAAUAUUGCUGUGGACUAUCCAUUAUAGUAACAUAUAACAUACAUAUACAUAUAUACAUAUUUUUAUACUUUAGUAUAUGAUCAUAACAAAAUAAACUUCUCAUCUUAAUUAUUAAAUUAAUUUCUUAUUUAUUAAGAUUAUUUGUGUCCAUUUUAUGGUAGGUAAAUGUGGAUCGGUGUUAUUUUAGUGCAAUCGAGAAAAUACAAAUAACUGUAAGUGACAAGUCAAAAUGACCCUUAUAACUACAAAAUCUAAAAUAAAUAAAAGUAUAUGUUAAAAGCUCCUUCUUUUACAUAAAUAUAAAACUAGAUGGGGCACAUUGUAUAUUUUUUUACUCUUUCCAACUUUUUAUCAUUUACUUACUUGAAAUGAUCCGUACACACCCCUUUAUUUUAAUGAUCCAUAUCGAUAGUUUAUCUAUCAAAUAGGGUCUCUAUCUAAUCCUUUCUUCGCACCCAACAAACAAAAAGCCUUAAAACACUAGAAUUGUUCUACAAAUUCGAUAAAGUCGCAAUCAGUCCAUUAAUAAAUUGAAAAUAAUAUUAUAAAAAGUUAAAUUAAUACAGUUUGUUUGUACACUUGAAGCUGGGUCUCCUGCACAUUUUGUAUUUUGUAAUUAGCAAACACCGCGGUUUUCUCUGUCUUUUAUUACCCUAUAACAUGAUUGCGAAGGGUGUUGAUUUUUAUCUAACUUUGUUAAUUUAAACAAUUUAACGUAUUACAGUUCACAUUUAUAAACUCAA